CUUCAACUGAACCACUCUGUUGAAUUUGAUUUUGUGAUAGGACGAAUCGAGAAAGACGACGCAAGAAGUAAAAUCAUCACAGAGCAGCGAAGAAGAGAUUUUAUACAUUGAGGAGAAACAAAUGGAUCUUUUCGGUGGGGACAUCCAGUGUAGUGGAGAAGAAACUUGUCGUGAUUUUCCACCUUCGAGCACAGAGCAGGCGAAAAUUAUCUGUAAUUCCUUUGGUUCACGCUGUAAAGGAUUUGUUUAUACAUUACAGACAGGAAGAAUGUGCCUUAAACAAGAAUUGACGGGUAAAAUGAUAUCUUCACCUGCUCACUCGCUGUUUAUAAAGAAAGCCUUUUAUCGAGGGCAACAUGAGACCUGCGCAGUAGCAUUGAACCAGUUCCAGUCCUCCGCUGGCGAAUGCCGCCUUCCUGAAAUGGAUCCGAACGACGAGGACGUAAAAAAGCUUAUAGGGCAACCAACACCACUUCAGUGCCCAGGUGUCCAGCUAACGCGUUACCGGGGAGGAAUCUUGGAGCUAACUGAAGAGGCAAAUAAAGCUGGAAAUAUUGUAUCCAUGAUGUAUCAGCCUAUAUACCGCCCUAAACAGAGAGACUGGGGAUUUGAGCUGGGAAAGGAGAUCAGCCUGCAAGCACAAGAGCGCAAAUUCGAACUUCAGUCAGAAUUCAUCCGCGUGCAACUGGCCACUUCAGAGGGCGCCAAACACGUGGAAUACCACGCCCAAAUCAUUCCCAGAGCCCCGGAGCAGGCCAAUAGCAAAGCAGGACUCCCAUUGAGUGUUGUCAUCAUAGGGUUUGACUCCCUCUCAGCAGUUCAUUUCCAAAGAGCUCUACCAGAAGUAUAUAAGUUUAUGACAGACGAGUUAAACUCGGUGUUUCUUAAAGGUUAUUCCAUAGUUGGAGAUGGCACUACGCCUGCUCUAACGGCAUUGAUGACAGGUAAAUUUGAAUCGGAGCUUCCCGAAGCCCGUCGGCAAUUUCCUGGUGCAGCACCUCUCGACCGCUGGCCGCAUAUUUUCAAGGACUUCAAGGAACACGGUUACUCAACACUAUUCAGCGAGGACUGCCCGGCGUUUGGGGCAUUUAACUACCGACUGCACGGUUUCACAGAGCCUCCUACGGAUCAUUUCUCGCGCUAUUUCUGGCAAGCAGCUGGUGUGACGUCAGCUCAUUGUGUUCGCAGCCAACCUCAGCACCAAAUUCACUUUGAUUACAUCAAGUCGUUCUUUGAGGCUUACAGACAGCAGCCCAAGUUCGGCUUGUUUUUCCUCACAGACAUCUCGCACAACAACUUGCAAUCUAUUUAUGCGUGCAGUAGUGACUUUCUCGCAUUGUUAAGAGGUUUAUCUGAUGGGAACGUUUUAAACGACACGUUACUUAUUGUUAUGUCGGAUCAUGGCUUUCGCUACGGCCAGACAAGGGCUACGUUUCAAGGCAGAUUCGAAGAAAGGCUUCCGUUUAUGUCUCUGACAUUUCCAAAAUGGUUUCAACAGCAACAUUACGAUCUCAUGGAGACUAUCAAAGAAAACAGCAACAUUGUAACCUCCCCUUUUGAUUUACAUGCCACUUUCAAACACAUGCUCACUUAUCCCCAGCCUCCCGUUGACUUAUUAAGAGGAGAGAGUCUGUUAAGCUAUAUUAAUAAAUCACGUCACUGCGAGAGAGCUGGGGUGGCCGAGCAUUACUGCCCAUGCGUACAAUGGAAAGAAAUUAACACACGCUCAAGUCACGUGCAGCGUGCAGCUCAGGCGGUUGUUGAUCACGUGAACAACUUAACUGCGUCAGACCCACUGGGCUUAAACCUUUGCUCUCGUUUACAGCUACACGAAAUCUCGGCAGCCUAUCAAAAACUUCCAAACUUAAAAGUUGCACAAUUCAUCGGGUCGUCUGACAUACACGGAAGAAAGCCAAUGUUUUCCACGGGUUCUGGCACAGUUGAUGAAUGCUUAUACCAAGUACAGCUUCAGACUGUCCCCGGAAACGGGUUAUACGAAGCUUCGGUGAAUUUCCAAGAUGGUAAAUACCGGAUCACGGGUGAUAUAAGCAGGAUAAACCUGUAUGGUGAGCAGCCCAGAUGCAUUGUGGAUAAAAGGCCUGAUUUACGGAAAUACUGCUUGUGUAAGGAUUACCAAGGAUAAUAAUCUAGAAAUAUAUCUGGCCCCUCCCUAGCGAUCUGAUUGGCUGACUCGUUUAAGAUUUCGCCAGUUAUCAUUUCUAUAUUUUUUUAUAAAAAUAAACGAGACAAAAAAGGAAAAUAUUUUCUAACAUAUUAUCAUAUCUAAUAAAUUAACGAUUGCUUCCAUAUUUUCAAAUAGCGUGAACAGUUUCAAAAACCUCGUUUAUAAACUGUUUAUUUAAUGACAAUAACUGAAAGCUACAGUAUUUUGUAUGCGCUACACAUUAAUUGAUUUCGGAAUUAAAAAUCAGCAGCUAGAGAGACAGAGUAUUUUUUUCUUGUCGUUAAAAACCCCUGCACAAAAGAAUUUAAUUUAAGGACAAAAAUAUUGAUAACCGUGAUAAACAACUUUUAUGUUUUUUCCAGUGAUUAAGCAGCCCUUUUAUUUAUGGCUUUUUUCAGCGGGUUUCGGAAGAAAUUUCUCAUGACACAAAUUAUAUGUUUGUGAAGAUCUUUUAAUUUAGAGUCUUGUAGUAAUUCUAAUGACCUUAAAAG